CCGGCGCUCUCCGGUCGAGCCAAUCAGAAGGCCGGAAGGGGCGGGCGCUAAGAUACGUGGCUCAACGCGGGCGGGGGGAGGAGAGCCUCGGGGUCAAGGAGCAAACCCGGCACAAGAUGGCGGCGGUAGCGGCAGUGGCGGCGCGUAGGAGGCGGUCUGGGACAGGUUUGGUACUCGCUUGUUUAGGGGUCUGCCUGGGAGUUACCCUUGCUGUGGAUAGAAGCAACUUUAAGACCUGUGAAGGGAGUUCCUUCUGCAAGAGGCAACGAAGCAUGCGGCCAGGCCUCUCUCCGUACCGAGCCUUGCUGGACUCUCUACAUCUUGGUCCUGAUGCCCUCACAGUUCAUCUGAUCAACGAGGUCACCAAGGUAGUGCUGCUGCUGGAGCUCCAGGGGCUUCAAAAGAAUAUGACCCGGAUCAGGAUUGAUGAACUGGAGCCCCGGCGGCCCCGAUACCGGGUGCCAGAUGUAUUGGUGGCCGAUCCCCCCACAUCUCGGCUUUCUGUCUCUGGCCGUGAUGAUAACAGCGUGGAGCUCACCGUGGCUGAGGGACCCUAUAAAAUCAUCUUGACGGCGCGGCCAUUUCGCCUGGACCUGCUAGAGGACCGCAGUCUUCUGCUCAGUGUCAAUGCCCGAGGACUCUUGGAUUUUGAGCACCAGAGGGCCCCCAGGGUCCCUUUGUCGACUGAAACUCACUUUUAUGUUUCUGUUUUUGUGUUGGUUUUGUGCCUCCUUUUCCCCUUCCCUACCCAUCUCCUCCUGCCCCAGUUUCUCGGAUAAAGUUAGUCUCACGCUCGGUAGCAUUUGGGAUAAGAUCAAGAACCUUUUCUCUAGGCAAGGAUCAAAAGACCCAGCUGAGGGCGGUGGGGCCCAGCCCGAGGAAGCACCUGGGGAUGGUGACAAGGCAAAGGAGACCCAGGGGAAAGCAGAGAAAGAUGAGCCAGGAGCCUGGGAGGAGACGUUCAAAACUCACUCUGACAGCAAGCCAUAUGGCCCCACGUCUGUGGGUUUGGACUUCUCCCUGCCAGGCAUGGAGCAUGUGUAUGGGAUCCCUGAGCAUGCAGACAACCUGAGGCUAAAGGUCACUGAGGGUGGGGAGCCGUAUCGCCUCUACAAUUUGGAUGUAUUCCAGUACGAGCUGUACAACCCCAUGGCCCUGUAUGGGUCUGUGCCUGUGCUUCUGGCACACAGCCCUCAUCGGGACCUGGGCAUCUUCUGGCUCAAUGCCGCAGAGACCUGGGUUGACAUAUCUUCCAACACUGCAGGGAAGACCUUGUUUGGGAAGAUGCUAGACUACCUGCAAGGCUCUGGGGAGACCCCGCAGACAGAUGUCCGCUGGAUGUCGGAGAGUGGCAUCAUUGAUGUCUUCCUGCUGCUCGGGCCCUCUGUCUCUGAUGUAUUCCGGCAGUAUGCCAGCCUCACAGGGACCCAGGCAUUGCCCCCGCUCUUCUCCCUCGGCUACCACCAGAGCCGCUGGAACUACCGGGAUGAGGCUGAUGUGCUGGAAGUCGAUCAGGGCUUCGAUGAUCACAACCUGCCCUGCGAUGUCAUUUGGCUGGACAUCGAGCAUGCCGAUGGCAAGCGGUACUUCACCUGGGACCCCAGCCGUUUCCCCCAACCCCUUACCAUGCUGGAACACUUGGCCUCCAAGAGGCGGAAGCUGGUGACCAUUGUGGACCCCCACAUCAAGGUGGAUUCCGGCUACCGUGUACACGAAGAGUUGCAGAGCCGGGGUCUGUAUGUGAAAACCCGGGAUGGCUCUGACUACGAGGGCUGGUGCUGGCCAGGCGCUGCUGGUUACCCUGACUUUACCAAUCCCACAAUGAGGGCCUGGUGGGCUAACAUGUUCAGCUUUGACAACUAUGAGGGCUCAGCUCCCAACCUCUAUGUCUGGAAUGACAUGAACGAACCGUCUGUGUUCAAUGGUCCAGAGGUUACCAUGCUCAAGGAUGCCCAACAUUAUGGGGGCUGGGAGCACCGAGACGUGCAUAACAUCUAUGGCUUCUACGUGCACAUGGCAACGGCAGACGGGUUGGUGCUGCGCUCUGGGGGCCUAGAGCGCCCUUUUGUCCUGAGCAGGGCUUUCUUCGCUGGCUCCCAGCGCUUUGGAGCUGUGUGGACAGGGGACAACACUGCUGAGUGGGACCAUUUGAAGAUCUCUAUUCCUAUGUGUCUCAGCUUGGGGCUGGUGGGACUUUCCUUCUGUGGAGCGGAUGUGGGCGGCUUCUUCAAAAAUCCAGAGCCCGAGCUGCUUGUGCGCUGGUACCAGAUGGGAGCCUACCAGCCAUUCUUCCGGGCACACGCACACUUGGACACUGGGCGGCGAGAGCCCUGGCUCUUACCAGCUCAGUACCAUGACAUCAUCCGAGAUGCCUUGGGCCAGCGAUACUCCUUGCUGCCCUUCUGGUACACUCUCUUCUAUCAGGCCCACCGUGAAGGCAUUCCUGUCAUGAGGCCCCUGUGGGUACAUUAUCCUCAGGAUGUGACCACCUUCAGUAUAGACGAUCAGUUCCUGCUCGGGGAUGCAUUAUUGGUUCACCCUGUAUCAGACUCCGGGGCUCAUGGUGUGCAGGUCUAUCUGCCUGGCCAAGGGGAGGUGUGGUAUGACAUUCAGAGCUACCAGAAGCAUUAUGGUCCCCAGACCCUAUACCUGCCUGUAACCCUGAGCAGUAUCCCUGUGUUCCAGCGUGGAGGGACAAUUAUCCCUCGGUGGAUGCGAGUGCGGCGCUCUUCUGACUGUAUGAAGGAUGACCCCAUCACUCUUUUCGUUGCUCUCAGUCCCCAGGGUACGGCCCAAGGCGAGCUCUUUCUAGAUGAUGGGCACACAUUCAACUAUCAGACUCGCCAUGAGUUCCUGUUGCGUCGGUUCUCGUUCUCUGGCAACAGCCUUGUCUCCAGCUCAGCAGACCCCAAAGGCCACUUUGAGACACCAAUCUGGAUUGAGCGGGUGGUGAUAAUAGGGGCCGGAAAGCCAGCAGCCGUGGUCCUCCAGACAAAAGGAUCUCCUGAAAGCCGCCUGUCCUUCCAACAUGACCCUGAGACCUCUGUGUUGAUCCUGCGCAAGCCUGGCGUCAACGUGGCAUCCGACUGGAGCAUUCACCUGCGAUAACACAAGGGAUGUUGGGGGGUGGGAGGGGGUGCAGUGGUGACGAGAGUUCCUCUUCCUUCUGCCUUGGGGUUUGACCCUCCCCAGACUUCACCUUUCUUAUCUGAAGACUCAAAUUCUGCCAACAUCUGGGCAGGAUGAGAAGCUGUCCCUGCACUCUGAAUUCCUCCUGUGACCUCCUGACCUCUGCCACCCCGCUGACACCAAGUCUCCCAUCGUCCCUCAACACUCUGUUGCUCUAACUGGAGCACAUUCACCUGUGAAGACCUGGGGACCAUGAGGCCUUUGCUUUCCCUUCUUUUUCCUUUCUUUUGGGGGCCCCGAAUCUCCUCUAGACCUUCUUCAUUCAUACCUCUUGUGUGUUGAUGCCAUUUCUUGGAAGAAGAAGAGGGCAGUGAGCUUUAGGGCUCCUUUUCUCCUUCCCCUUCCCUCCCCACCAAACUGCUCUCCCUCCUUUUAUUUCUUUCUCCCGAUUCUUCUCUGUCAGCCCUCCCCUUUUUAUGCCCCACUGAUACACUGGGACCACCCCUUACCUGAUAAGGGAUGAAUGGAUCAAAGGAGUGAGGUUGCUGGAGAACAUCCUCUUCCCUGUUGCCUCGACCUUUCCUCUCCCCGAUUGCUUCUAGAGCUGCUGCAGUUCUGACAGGGGCAGUUCUAUCUUCCCUGUCCUUUGGGGGAAAGAAGUUUCCACUCUUCCUUAAGAGGGGAUGGGCAUUAAACUUCUUUUGCCCCCUUUUUGUCCCCUCAGGGGGCAUUCAAGAUGGAGAAAUCAGUUGUGGUUUCAUCAAAUCAUGGUCACCUGUAUUUAUUGCUGGGAGAAGGCUGAGGGUGGGGGGAGAUGAUCAUGUGUGCCCAGGGUUAGCUUGAAGCCCUGGGUGGGGGGUGGGGGAGGACUAACUGGGGACAAGGGGGAAUAUUUGUGGCAAUUUUUUUUACUUCCUCUUGGCCCCCAGCUGCGACAGGUUUUGAUAAAAGGAGAAACAAUAAAGAGAGAAACCAUUAAAUAA